UUUAUGUGGAUUUGCUUGUACAAAAGUCUACGUGAAAACAAUGUUGAAAAUUCCGGAGUACUUCCCCGAACCUCACCUGUUUCUCUUAUGAAAAUUCUUUAAGUACUUGGAUGACUUCCCCUGUUUAUUGCCUGUAUGAUUGAUGCUUGAUUGAGAGGGAGAAUGGACAGGAAAUUUGGGGAACAACAUCUAAUGAGAGAAAGAGAGAAAAGGUUGUACGAGGCAUCUGUGGAUGGAAGCGUGAAUUCCUUGAAGCAGUUGAUGAAGGAAGAUCCACUCGCUCUAGCCCGAGCUUCAGUCACUUGCUUUGAUGAGACUCCACUCCACAUAGCCGCCAUGCUUGGUCACCUAGACUUUGCAAAAGCACUUGCUUCUCACAAACCAGACAUGGCCAUGAUCAUGACCACGGCGAUAGACUUGCAGGGGCGUUCACCUUUGCACUUGGCCUCUGCCAAUGGCCAUAUUGAGAUAGUUAACAUAUUGCUGUCAUUGAAUUCCAAUAUAUGCCUCAUCUGCGAUGAGGAUGGAAGAACACCCCUUCAUCUGGCGGUGAUGAAGGGCCACGUUGAGGUCACAAGGGAGUUGGUUAGGGCCCGACCAGAAGUCACUGGGCACAAAUUGGAUCACGGGGAGACCAUUCUGCAUUCUAGUGUGAGACAUAAUCGUUUAGGAGCUCUGAAGAUGUUAGUUGAAUCAGUAAGGGAGGCUGAGUUCAUCAAUGCCAGAGAUGAUUAUGGCAACACUGUCUUGCAUACUGCUACAACCUUGAAGCAGUUGGAGACUGUUAGGUAUCUGCUCAAUGGAAAUAUGGUGGAAGUCAAUGCAGUGAAUGAAAGCGGUUUGACAGCUUUAGAUGUCAUUGAACAUAUGCCAAGAGACUUGAAAUCCACGGAAAUCCGAGAGUCACUUUCAAAAGCUGGAGCUUUAAGAGCCAGAAAUGUACCUGCCAAUGGAGAACGUGAGAUAGCUAUGGUGAUCGAGGAGUCUCGAUUAGAUUCCGUAGCACAACCUCUAGAUGUUUCUAAUAGAGUAAGAGAUGACAUGCUUUAA